GCCCGGAGUUCGGGGAGUUAGAUGUGGGAGGCCAGAGGUCUCACACAGGUCAGAAGGCUCCACGGGGUGUCACAGGCCUGGGGAGUCGGAUCUUUUGAGAGGGUCGAAGCUUCCCUGAGGAGAGCUCCACCAGAGGGAUCCCAGGCCUUAUGGAGGACCCGCAUCUCGAAGGGGCCAUGGAGCAGCAGGAUUCGCCCCAGGAGAGGAGUCCCCGCAGCCCAGGAGGCGACAUCUGCCACCUGGGGGCCCCGCAGUGCACCCGCUGCCUCAUCACCUUCGCCGAUUCCAAGUUCCAGGAGCGUCACAUGAAGCGGGAGCACCCAGCCGAUUUCGUGGCCCAGAAGCUGCAGGGGGCCCUCUUCAUCUGCUUCACCUGCGCCCGCUCCUUCCCCUCCUCAAAGGCCCUGCUCGCCCAUCAGCGCAGCCAUGGUCCAGCGGCCAGGCCCUCCACGCCAGUUGCACCCACUGCUGCCCACCCUACAUUCCCCUGCCCUGACUGUGGCAAGACCUUUGGGCAGGCUGCUUCUCUGAGGCGGCACCGCCAGGCCCAUGAGACCCGCGCCCCUCCAGGCCCCUUUGCCUGCACUGAGUGUGGUCAGGACUUUGCCCAGGAAGCUGGGCUGCAUCAACACUACAUCCGGCAUGCCCGGGGGGAACUCUGAGUGAGGGUUACACCCUCCCUAGGGCAACGGGUGUGUGUGUGGGGGGGGGGAUGGGUUCUGUGGCUGCUAGAACCCACCUCUGAUAAGGGAUGGGCGCCUUGGAAGGAUGUGCUUCCCUCCCUGGACAGGCAAAGGAUUCCUGAUAAAUAGGACCCAGAAGAUGCUCAUCUCCAGAUUCAGUCUUUGGAGGACACAAAGGCCUUAAGGGAUAUAGUGAAAUUAGUGAAAUCUUUUAAGAGAAAUAAACAAGCAAAAGGGAAAAUUGUUAUUUGUAUCUCCCUUGUUUCCAAUUAAAUGGUUUGAAAUCACAACUA